ACACGAGAAAGAAAAAAAUGUUUUUUUUAAGCUAAAUGGUUUUCCUUAAUUUUAGACUCUUCGACUAUUUUCAAUUUUUCUUCCUGAAAAAGAUUUGUAAAACAUUAAAAACCACGUUUUCUAACUCUGCUCGAUGAGCUCUAUCCAAUCAUGUAUAACAAACAAAAAAAUUUUUUUUGCUUUAAUUGUGCAGUAGUGGCAUCUUAACUUGUUAAGUUAAAUUGUUAUGGCUUAAUGUUUCUUUACAGGUCCAUCAAGUGUUAUAUUAUUGCCAAAUUCAAAUACACCCCCGAUGCGUGUUCGACACUAUUUUGUUUUUUCGUUGAUUUCGUCAAUAUUAUUAUGCCCAGCAACUGGUCUUAUUGCAUUAGCAUAUUCAUUGAAAUCUUCGGCUAAAGCAGAUAUAAAAUUUUUGGAUAAAGCACGUUUAUAUUCUCGACGUGCACUAAUAUGGAAUUUAAUAUCAUUGGUCAUUGCUGUCUUUUCACUUGUCAUGAUGUUGAUCUUUUUUUAUUAUGUAAAUCAAAUAUGGUUACAAUAUGCAAAAACCUAUGGUGAACAAUUAAAAGAUGAAUUCAGUAGUCGAUAUAAUAGUCAUAAUGUUCAAUUAUUUAAUCCAGAACGAAAUCCUACAAUUAUUGAAAAUUUAUUAUCAUCAAAAUAG